ACCCCUCCUAGCUCACACACUUCCACACCUCUCCCAAGCUCGACGACCCGGCAGCAGCCUCUUCUCUGCGCAUCUCAGAAGCACGCUGCUCGCGAUCUCCUUCGUCCUAGUUCCAGACUUCCACUUCCAGCCAUGGCGGCAAGAAGGCUCCUCCUCGAGGCGGCGGCGGCCACGCAGCAACCGGACUCGCUCAGCUCGGACCUGGUCCUCAUCCUCGCCGGCCUGCUCUGCGCGCUGGUCUGCGUCCUCGGCCUCGCCCUCGUAGCGCGGUGCGCGUGCUCUCGCCGCUGGGCGCGCGCCGCGGCGCCGUCCUCCCCUCCCGGCGCGAACAGGGGCGUCAAGAAAGAGGUGCUGCGCGCCCUCCCAACCGUCGCCUACGCCGUCCCCGAAGGCCGCGCCGGGGCCGAGGCGGACGAGUGCGCCAUCUGCCUCGCCGAGUUCGAGGACGGGCAGCUGAUGCGCGUGCUGCCGCAGUGCGGCCACGGCUUCCACGCGCCCUGCGUCGACGCCUGGCUGCGCUCCCACUCCUCCUGCCCCUCGUGCCGGCGCGUGCUCGUCGCCGCCGAGCUGCCGCGCGGAGAGCCGUGCGGCCGCUGCGGCGCUCGCCCUGGCGCCAUUGGCGCGCUCCUCAAGGGGCCCUGCAGCGGCGGGGCCCUGGCGUCGCUCCUGGCCUAGUUAGUGGCGGGCGCACUCUCGACAAAAGCCAGGAGAAAAGUGUGUUCAGGGAUAGUAGCCACUGCAUGAGCUUAUUGGCUAACUUCUCGUUUACCUUUCUCUUGGGUUUUUAGGCUUCUAGUUAGGUCUCAUUGUGAUUUAGGCGUGAGUAGCUACUAGCUAGUUGGGACUUGGGAAUGGGAAGGUAACCAUUCAGAAUCGAUGUGUGCUCGGCUGUGCAUAUUUUAUGGGGGAAUUUGUGACUGUAACCAGUUUGUACAGAUGUGGAACAGUGGAAGUUCUUAUUAAACAUGAAUUUAUUAGCUUGAAUUGGGAACAUGAAAA